AUGGCUCCUCACCAACCCGAGCUUGAAAUGUUUUGGGGUCUCAUCUACUUGACUGAGGAAAUAAACACUGCCACCUUCAACGUAUUCGACUCCCUAAUUAGUUUCUGGUCCAACGCUAUUGAGUGGAUGCACAAGAAUCAGAACGAGCUCGCAGUUGGCGUCGAAAGCGACUUUGCCAGAUCCAUGAACCGAGUCGAGUCUUCUAUCCAGCACCUGAAAGACCUGGCCCAGCCUGAUAGCAUGUCAAAGAUGACUCUAAGAGACGCUCGUUUUGCCCCGCAGGAUAAUAUGUUCUCCAGUCCUGAUUUGGAGGAAGACGUGGCGCAGCUCUCAGUUGUCCUUUUGCCACAGGCGGUCAACAAUGCCGCCUUCUACGGCCGGGAUAUUCUGUCGGAAAUAUAA